AUGUCUCAUUCAGCGGUAAAUAAACUCACAGUAUAAACUCUGUCAUCUGUGACGCGCUUUGAGUGUGGGCUAGUGCACACAAGGGGUAGAGAACCAGCAGGGAGGCGUCUGAUUGGUUCAUCAGAUUGGUACCUCGUGGCACACAUUAGUCAAAGUUUUUACAGGCUUACAAACUGCUACAGGUGACGGAUUUUCUUUGUUCCUCUUUCAGAACAUGAGUUAUUAAUUUCUGUCAGGACCUGAAGACAAUUUCAACCAAAAUCUUUUUAAAAAUAUUUGGAGAAAAUGACCAACCCCGCUUUUAAGUCUGUCACGAAUGGUCAGUUAGUUGUGCGCAGUGUCCUGUCACUGAUCGCUUCAAUGACCUAUAGACAAAGAAAGGAUAAAAUGUACUCUGCUCUCUGAUCAGUGUGCAGCUCUAACGCGCUGAUGUUAUAGAUUCCUAUUGACACGGUGAUACCUGAUCCUGGAUCUGUGUAAAGUUCAUCGCCAUGCAGCGUGUAUGGCAUGUGUCAUGACAUGUGUGUGUGUUCAUGUAGAAUGACCUGAGCACAGGUAAGGAAGUGUCACUGUAUGUGUGUGACUGACACAUGUCAUUAGCUGUGUAAUGCAGUAAGGAUCAGUGUGUAUGUGAUGUGUGUGUGUGUUGUGUGUGUGUGUGUGUGUGUGUGUGUGUUGUGGUCAUGUACACAAGUGGAUAGGGCUGUGGGCAUCACCUUUCUCCAAGGACCUGUGUGCUAUGUGAUACUACAGUGUACCUUUGUGUUGCAAUGUGUGUAUGUGUGUGUGAGCGAUAGCCCCAGGUCCUGUUCCAGAGCGGCGAUCACACACACACACACACACACACACACACACACACACACACACACACAGUAACAGAGGAGGACUGCGACUCACACUCAUGGAAGCAUCCAGAGCCUUCUGACAGGAUGUAAGAUUUUGUGAGUUUUCUGUCGUCUUGGCCGGGAGGAGAAUGGAGAUCAGAAUAAAGUGAUGCUGUGGAUAUGGAACCUGGCUGUUUAAGGUUUGCUGAAUAAUUCAUCCGUCGGCUUGUGACUGGCGGAAAAUGAGGAAGGCAGCGCUGAUGGUUUGGAUCAGCCUUUUGCUGCAAGUUUCCCAUGGUGCUCAGGGUCAAUAUGCCCGCAAACUUCUGAAUGACCUGAUGGAGAACUACUCCAAUGCUCUGAGACCUGUGGAUGACACAGACAAAGCUCUCAAUGUGUCGCUGCAGAUCACUCUGUCCCAAAUCAAAGACAUGGAUGAGAAGAACCAGGUGCUAACCACAUACCUGUGGAUCAGGCAGGUCUGGCACGAUGCCUACCUGAAGUGGGACAAAGAGGACUAUGAUAAUCUGGAGAUGAUCAACAUCCCCAGCGACCUGGUGUGGAAGCCGGACAUCGUCCUCUACAACAAAGCAGAUGAGGAGUCUGGAGGUGCACCCAGCACUAAUGUGAAGCUGCGAUACAACGGAGAGAUCGUCUGGGACUCUCCAGCCAUCACAAAGAGCACGUGUGUGGUGGAUGUUUCCUACUUCCCCUUCGACUGGCAGCACUGCAAGCUCACCUUCGGCUCCUGGACCUACAACGGCAACCAGGUGGACAUCAGUUUGGGCAUGGACAGCGGAGACCUGUCGGACUUUGUGGAGAACGUGGAGUGGGAGUGUCACGGCAUGCCUGCAGUGAGGAACGUCAUGAUGUACGGCUGCUGCUCCGACCCUUACACUGACAUCACCUACACCCUGCACCUGAAGCGUCGCUCCUCCUUCUACAUCUUUAACCUGCUGCUGCCCUGCUUCCUCAUCUCCUUCCUGGCCCCGCUGGGCUUCUACCUGCCGGCAGACUCGGGGGAGAAGGUCUCCCUCGGGGUGACGGUGCUGCUGGCGCUCACCGUGUUCCAGCUGCUGGUGGCUGAGAGCAUGCCGCCUGCAGAGAGCAUGCCCUAUAUAGGGAAGUAUUACAUCGCCACCAUGACGAUGAUCACAGCCUCCACCUCGCUCACCAUCUUCAUCAUGAACAUUCAUUUCUGCGGCGCCGAAGCCAAGCCGGUCCCUCACUGGGCGAAGGUGCUCAUCAUAGACUACAUGUCCAAAAUAUUCUUUGUCUACGAGGUGGGGGAGAACUGCACCACGCCAGAGUGUGAGAAGACCCCACUGUACCCCGAGGAACCCUUGGGCGAUGAGGAUGGCUUCCAGGGUGACCAUUUCCACGACUACCGUUAUGACAGCGAACCUUACAGGUACAGCAACGGCAAUGGCGUGAGUCAUCACAGCACGCGUCACAAAAGCCAGGCGAACGCCAACGGCAGCAAGGGCCGUCACCACCACAGCAACCACAGCAACCACAGCAACCACGCCUCCAGACUGGAGAGGGGGGAGGGGAGGAGAGAGCGCACGCACCACAUCAGGAGGGACGAACUGGACUACCAGGCCCCUCCUCGUCCUCCAAACCUCCAGCACCUGAACGGAGGGCUGAAAGAGCAGCUCCUCUACUCCACGGAGAAACUUCAAGUCCCAGCAUGCCCCUGCUGCUGCCCAUGUGUGGAACAUAAAGAGGUGGUGAAGAACAUCCAGUUCAUAGCCAACUACUUCCGCGAGCAGAGGGCGACUUGUGUCAAGGCCGCAGAGUGGAAGAAGGUCGCCAAGGUGAUGGAUAGGUUUUUCAUGUGGAUCUUCUUCGUCAUGGUCUUCCUCAUGAGCAUCCUCAUCAUCGCCAAGGCCUCCUGACAGACCCCCCUCACGAUCUUUAUGAUCACCAUCACCCUACUUCCUUCCUGGACCUCAGUGUCGCUUGAUUGUCCCAAUUUUUACUUUGAUGCAACACCGGGGAAAUCAGAACUGUUUUUACUGUGAAGAACUUGUAUUUGUUAUGUCAGCAUUGUGUUGCGAGUGUGUGUGUGUGUGUGUGUUUGUGGUUUAUAGGUACUUUGUCGUUUUCUGUUUUGACAUAACGAGGACAAGGUCAUUGCGCACGAAUCAUCCAUUAAUCACAAACGCAGAACUUCAUUAAAGCCUCUCGGUUAGUUAACGUCAGGUGUGCUUGCAUGUGUAACGGAGCGGUGGAGCGGUAAGGCAAUCUAGGCCUCGAACAUGCAUGGACUCUGCAUUAUUGAUGAGCUAACAGCCAGACAUCCACCUAUAGGCAUUACAUUACAUACGUUAUUUUUUCAGGUGACCAGAUGCUGCUGUUUUUCCAGAGUCAGUUACACGCGGAGCUCCGGCAAUAAAACCUUUAACACUUAUGAAACAACCCCACGAGUGAUCGAGACCAGGGCAAAUCCUGUGUCAGCCUCUCACUAAUCAUCAUGGGAAAACGUGUAAGGCGAAGAAAUGAAACACAAGUCAAUCAGUCAAGGAAUAAAUUAGUAUUUGUAGAACGCCAAUUCACAACAAAUGCUGUUUUAUAAAUGUUAAUGUAGUCGGUAUCUUCUGUGUUCUUAA